AUGCCGCAAGUUGAGAAGUGGGAAAUCCAGCUCUGUGCCUGCUUUGUUGCGGUCGCCUUGGCAAGCGAGUUCACGUCGCGGAGAUUGUUCCCCAAGCUUUCACGACAGCGGUGGCCCGCGCUUCCGUCUCGCACAAGACUGCUCAUUGUCCUACGCAUAGCCACUGCGCCAGCGAGUGCGUACUGCCUGGGGGCAUCUCUAAAAGUCCUGUCAUAUUCCGACGCCGCCAUCCUUCUAGAUCAGGAUGGCGUCCAGUCCUCAGCCAGGUCGACAUGGCUCCUCGCGGCUGCUAUGUGUACCUACGACCUGGUAAGGGCGUUCCCGCCUCGAUCGCAAGACGUGGUCCACCACGUGGGGUGGAUGGGCAUCACCUUUUGUUUGUACUGGUCUACCAUGAGCAUGGAUCCGGGCAUUACAAUACUGAUGAUCCGUAACGUGGCGGCGUGUAGCUUCUUCAGUCUCGGUCUCAGCGGGAUGGUGCAGCUGGCUCUGUUGCUUAUGGAAUAUCUAGGGCCCUGGACGCGACCUCCGCUGAGGAUGGCGCAGUGCUUCCGCGGACUAGUGUGGACGCUAGUGCUCAGCCGGCCAAUGUCGUGGGCGGUGUACAUUGUCACAUAUGAGGCGCUCUGGCGGAUCACGGCGACGCCGGCCGACUUUGCGGUCAUGGGUGUGCUUACCGUCGCGUUUCUCGGGCUGGUGGAUCUGCAUACGCGCUGGUCAAUAGGGUUGCUACGCAAGGAGUCGAAGCUGUGGAGCAACUAUCAAAACACACAGCUUGGUGACUCCGAUCUAGAGGUCCGCGCAUCCAGAGCCGGCAAGAUGAUUGUCCUGAUGACAUACUGGGUUGUUAUGGUCGCCGUGGCGAUUAUACUGUUAGUUCGUGCUACGGGUAUGCCGUGGAGGUCGCGAGAUGCUGCUGUGGUUUAA